AAGGGUGAAUCCACCUGGCAGAAAGACGCGAUCGAGCUUUUUGGUUUAGAAGCUGUAGUUUAGUUGGUAAUUAGUCCGCGGCAACAGUUCAAUGACGCGAUGACCUUAAAGAUGGACAAAGACUCGGCCGUCCUGCACGGAGCGUUCCUCCGGGCCGAUCAGCUGAGCCUCCCCUCGUCCCUGUCCGGCCUCCGGAAGGCCGACUGGACCCGGGUGGCACAUCCGGUCCUGGAGGCGGUCGCGGAGCUCUGUGGGCGGGGCGGCGGCGGGCGGCUCGUGAAGAACCUGGUCUGCUCCGUGUGGCUGAAGGUUCUGAGCGGGGAGCGCGGCGAGGACGCGGACGCGGCCUGGAGGGAGAACCCGUUCUUCCCCCUGCAGCGCGGCCUCCCCGCCGUGAGCCGCGUCGUCCUGCUGGAGCUGGUGAAGUCCACGGCGGCGGCCCGGACCUUCGGCCGCCUCCUCUCGGCGCUCCCCGCGCCGCACGUCUGCGCCGAGCUCCUGCGCUUGGCGCUCCACGCGAGCGGCGGCCCCGCCGGAGAGGACGACGCCCGGCUCUUCCUGGACGUGUGGCGGGAGCUGUGGAAGGGCGGAGGCGAGCGCGACGCCACGGAGACGGCGUUCGCCGGACAGUUCGCUCGCCUGUCGGCGGCGUCUCCCGGCGCCUCCCCUCAGGGCGCCAAGCGGCCGAAGCUGGACGCGUCGGAUCGGCCGGCGACCUCCGACGUCCUUCACGUUCUCCUCCACGCCCUCCAGGAGCUGGAGCACCUGAUCUCGACCCCGGAGCUCCGCCUGCAGGCCGUCUGCGUGGCGCUCGACGCCGUCUACACGACCUUCCUGACCGGCGGAGCGGCCGAGCCGCCCGCCGCCGAGACGCUGCACUUCCUGUCUCAAGCGGUCGGCCUCGUCGAGGAGGAGGGCGGCGAGGAGCCGAGCGCCGCGCUCAUCCGGGAGGCUCAGAGCGACGCCCGGGCGGCGCGCACGCCGUCGCGGUUUGAACCCGGCGCGCUGACGCUCGCCGCCGCGGCGAGCAUCGUGACGGAGCUCGCCGCGUCCUUGCGGAGCGGCGGGCUCCUGGGCGCCGGCCCGACGGCGAGCCGCUCGGCCUUCAGGCUGCAGCAGAGCGUCCAGAGGGUCCUCGCCGCGCUGCGGGAGGAGGAGGCGCCCGACGCCGAGACCGACGCCCUGCGGUCGCUGCUGGAGUCGCUGGCUUUCCCGGCGGCGGUCGACGCCCCCGGGGUCGACAUGAAGGUCGCCGCCGCCAUCAUCCGCCACCGGCUGGACGACUACCAGAGCGUCGCGCUGCUGUUCGCCGGCGAGAGGCGCUGGGCGGCGUGCGGCGCCCGCUGGACGGACUGCCUGGAGGAGAACCGCGCCGCCUUCCAGCGGCUCGACGCUCUCCUCCAACUGAGCGCCGCCCUCGCGGGUCAACUCGCCGCCGCCGCCACCGACGGCGCCGCCGUGGCCCGCUGCAGGAAGCUGCUGAAAGUGGUCGCGGACAUCUUCUCGGCGCUUUCCCCACACGACAAGAACCGGGCGCUGGCGGCCGCGAUGAGGCUGUCCGGCCGGGGCUUCUUCGGAGGCUCCGCCUCCGCCGCCGUCGCCGAGGGGUUCGAGCAGGAGCUGAACAUGGCGUUCAACUGCAUCAUCCAGGGGGCGGCGGCCUCGGCGGCGCAGGGCGACCUGAACACGGCCGUGUCGCUGGUCGCCCGCGUGGCGUUCCAGAACCCGGAGGCGACGCUGAGGGCGUGUUGCCACGCGGCCGUGUUCAACAAGGGCGCCUUCGCCCUCAUGGCGAGGAUCCUGCAGCAGCUGCCCGGCCUGCGAGGAUCCGCGGGGCGGAGGGAGGAAGAGGAGGAGGAGGAGGAGGAGGAGGACGCUCUGCUCUGCGAUUGUCUACGGGAGGCCAUUGGGACCAAGUCGCUGUCGGCCAAUGAGAAGGAGCAGCUCCUGGAGUUUCUGCGCCUCCUGAUGACACCGGUCGAGGGAGGAGGAGGAGGAGAAGAAGAAGAAGAGAGGAGGCGGAGCUUCCUGAGCCCUCGGGAGGUCGUGAACGUCUUCGUGCUGCCGAACCUCUCCCCCUCCGCUCCCCGCUCUGUGGACACGGAGCUCGCCCUGCAGCUCCUCCAGGAGGCGCUGCAGGGCGUCCAGGAGGGGGCGGGGCCUCACUGGGUGCUGGGCUGCUCCCCCUUCCCCCUCCUCUACGUCCUGGCUCAGCUGCAGGACCAGACGCUCAGGUGUUGGGAGCAGCCGGAGGAGGACGGCGCCCCCCGCUGGUCCACGGACGCCAAGGAGCUGCUGGCGUCGGUGCUGACCGCGCUGAGCCGGGCGGUCGGCGCCGAGGUGGCGGCGGCGCCCGCCCGCUGGUCCCGGGCUCUGUUCUGGAUCUACAGCAAGACGGGGGAGCUGGACUGGACCGUCCGGUUCCUCCUGAAGCCGCUCUGGGGCGAGCACUUCAAGAACGAGGUCCCCAACGCCAUGCUGGAGGUCUGCCAGCUGCCGGAGCAGGAGUGGCUGGGCUCCUCCCUGCCCCCCUACGGUCCGGGUACGGGCCUCCUGGCCUGGAUGGAGUGCUGCGUGGCGUCCGACUCGCUGCGCUCCACCAUGUUGGUCCUCUCUGACGCCCGCCCGGCCCUGACGCCUUCUGUUCUGUUCAGCAAGGGCGUGCUGGUGGCGCUGACCCAGACGCUGCCCUGUUGCUCCGCCUCCCAGUGGCGCCGGCUGCUGGGCGCCCUGCGGGAGCUGAUCGCCUCGGGCCGCCUCCACGUGCCGUUCUCCCUGGAGUACGUGGACCACCUCCCCCUGCUGGACCUGCGGGGCUUUGCGGGCGAGCUCCGCCUCUCCGUGCUGCUGCUGCGCGUGCUGCAGCUGCUCUGCGGCGCCAGCUGCUCCCAUUGGCUGCCGGCUGGCCCAUGGGCCUGGGCAGCCCGCGAGAUGGCGUCCUCGGUCAGAGCCAAGCUGCCGCGGCCUUCGGCGAGGGAGACGUCCGCAGACGUUCAGCGAGCGAUGGAGACCCGGGAGGAGGAGGUGAAGGAGGAGGUGAAGGAGGAGGAGGAGGUGAAGGAGGAGGUGAAGGAGGUGAAGAAGGAGGUGGUGGCGGCUCCCAGCCAGGAGGUCCUUUUUGUACUCAGCCAACUCUUCUGCCAUGUUCAGCACAUCCAGGUGAUGAUGCCGGGCGGCCAGUGUGAGGCGCUGUUCCUCUGCAGCCUGGAGAUCCUGGGCCACUACGAGGCCGUCAUGGCCGCCUUCCCCGGCAGCAGCAGCGCGCUGGAGAGCGACAACACGCGCCACUUCUUCUCCACCAUCACGGACAACCUGCAGAGCGCCGCCAUGAAGGCCGUGCUGCGCCAGAAGAUCGCUCAGCUCGGCUCGCCGGCCUGAGGAGGGACGGCCAAUCGCGUCGCUCGGCAUUAUUCAUCUGCUGAGGUCAUUUCUGUUAAAGUCAAACGCUCCACUGAAUACAAAGGGAUGGUUUUGGAAUCUGAGUGAAUAAAAAGCCAAAAUGUCUCAGCAAAUA